ACUCCCUCCGGCCGUGACGUCAGAGUCGGAAGGGGUAAACUGAGCGGCGGCGGAGGGGCGCUGGGGCGGAGACUGCGACCCGGAGCCGCCCGGACUGACGGAGCCCACUGCGCUGCGGGCGGUGGCGCGGGCACGGAGGACUCGGGCAGGCAUAGCAGGCGACCCCGAGGUAACGCGGCCCCGGCUCCCUGCUCGCAGGGCGCGGAGCCGGAGGGGAGCGGGGCCGGAGGAGGCAGGGAGGCAGGGAGGCCCCCAGAGCUACGCGGGCGGGGCUACGGGGACCCCGGGGCAGCCCGGGCGCAGGGCGUAAGGUGCACGGAGCCGAGCGUGCAGUUUGGGAAGUGGCACAGUUGGGGGCGGCGGGGAUCCGGGCAGCGUCCUGGGGGUUCCAGGUUGGGUCCCCAGAUUGGGUCUCCGACGGCGCUCGCGGGCGCUGUUUCCAGGGAGCGCAGGCGCUCGUGGGGACGUGCUCCAGGCAGGUGAGCCCAGGCUGGGGCGCCCGGGGGUGUCCCCGGAUGCCGGUGCGUGCGGCUCCCUGACUCUCCCUUCCGCGGCCUGGGGGGCGGGAGAAUGGGGGUCCCCGGCCGCCUUGGGUCCUCACCGCGCGCCGCGCCCGCAGCGGAGCCCCGGAGACAUGGCCCUGAGCGAGCUGGCGCUGGUCCGCUGGCUGCAGGAGAGCCGCCGCUCGCGGAAGCUCAUCCUGUUCAUCGUGUUCCUGGCGCUGCUGCUGGACAACAUGCUGCUCACCGUCGUGGUCCCCAUCAUCCCAAGUUAUCUGUACAGCAUUAAGCAUGAGAAGAAUGCUACAGAAAUCCAGACGGCCAGGCCAGUGCACACGGCCUCCAGCUCAGACAGCUUCCGGAGCAUCUUCUCCUAUUAUGACAACUCGACCAUGGUCACUGGGAAUGCUACCAGAGACCUGCAGGAAGGGCCGCUUCAUCAGACCACCACACAGCACAUGGUGACCAACGCAUCUGCUGUCCCUUCUGACUGUCCCAGUGAAGACAAAGACCUCCUGAAUGAAAACGUGCAAGUUGGUCUGUUGUUUGCCUCGAAAGCCACUGUCCAGCUCAUCACCAACCCUUUCAUAGGACUGCUGACCAACAGAAUUGGCUAUCCAAUUCCCAUAUUUGCGGGAUUCUGCAUUAUGUUUGUCUCAACAAUUAUGUUUGCCUUCUCCAGCAGCUAUGCCUUCCUGCUGAUUGCCAGGUCGCUGCAGGGCAUCGGCUCGUCCUGCUCCUCUGUGGCUGGGAUGGGCAUGCUUGCCAGCGUCUACACAGAUGAUGAAGAAAGAGGCAACGUCAUGGGAAUCGCCUUGGGAGGCCUGGCCAUGGGGGUCUUAGUGGGCCCCCCCUUCGGGAGUGUGCUGUAUGAGUUUGUGGGGAAGACGGCUCCGUUCCUGGUGCUGGCUGCCUUGGUGCUCUUGGAUGGAGCUAUUCAGCUCUUUGUGCUCCAGCCGUCCCGGGUGCAGCCAGAGAGUCAGAAGGGGACACCCCUAACCACGCUGCUGAAGGACCCGUACAUCCUCAUUGCUGCAGGCUCCAUCUGCUUUGCAAACAUGGGCAUCGCCAUGCUGGAGCCGGCCCUGCCCAUCUGGAUGAUGGAGACCAUGUGUUCCCGAAAGUGGCAGCUGGGCGUUGCUUUCUUGCCAGCUAGUAUCUCUUAUCUCAUUGGAACCAAUAUUUUUGGGAUACUUGCACACAAAAUGGGGAGGUGGCUUUGUGCUCUUCUAGGAAUGAUAAUUGUGGGAGUCAGCAUUUUAUGUAUUCCAUUUGCGAAAAACAUUUAUGGACUCAUAGCUCCGAACUUUGGAGUUGGUUUUGCAAUUGGAAUGGUGGAUUCGUCAAUGAUGCCCAUCAUGGGCUACCUCGUCGACCUGCGGCACGUGUCCGUCUAUGGGAGUGUGUAUGCCAUUGCAGAUGUGGCAUUUUGUAUGGGGUAUGCUAUAGGUCCUUCUGCUGGUGGUGCUAUUGCAAAGGCAAUUGGAUUUCCGUGGCUCAUGACAAUUAUUGGGAUCAUUGAUAUUCUUUUUGCCCCUCUCUGCUUUUUUCUUCGAAGUCCACCUGCCAAAGAAGAAAAAAUGGCUAUUCUCAUGGAUCACAACUGCCCUAUUAAAACAAAAAUGUACACUCAGAAUAAUAUCCAGUCCUAUCCAAUAGGUGAUGAUGAAGAAUCUGAAAGUGACUGAGACCCUCAGAAAUCGUCCAAGUGUUUAAUUGUAUAAAACAGUGUUUCCAGUGACACGACUCAUCCAGAACUGUCUUAGUCAUACCAUCCAUCCCUGGUGAAAGAGUAAAACCAAAGGUUAUUAUUUCUUUUCCAUGGUUAUGGUCGAUUGCCAACAGCCUUAUAAAGAAAAAGAAGCUUUUCUAGGGGUUUGUAUAAAUAGUGUUGAAACUUUAUUUUAUGUAUUUGAUUUUAUUAAAUAUCAUACAAUAUAUUUUGAUGAAAUAGGUAUUGUGUAAAUCUAUAAAUAUUUGAAUCCAAACCAAAUAUAAUUUUUUAACUUACAUUAGCAAACAUUUGGGCAAAAAUCAUAUUGGUAAUGAGUGUUUAAAAUUAAAGCACACAUUAUCUCUGAGACUCUUCUAACAAAGAGAAACUAGAAUGAAGUCUGAAAAACAGAAUCAAGUAAGACAGCAAGUUAUAUAGUGACACUGCAUGAGUGUUAUUUAACUUGUAGUUACUAUCAAUAUAUUUAUGAGUUAAAGAGCUAGUUCUCUCAAGUGUAGAGGACAAGAACUUGUGUCAGUUAUCUUUUGAAUCCAUAAAUCUUAGCUGGCGUUAGUUUCUUAUGUAAUCACCUACCUAGAAGAGAGUUGUAAAUUGUAUGUUAACACGUUAUCUGGUUGGCAGCAGACACUAAAGCCAAUAAGGGGAAAAUAGUAAAUGUUCUGAAAGCAGAGAAAAGCAACCAAACAUAUUGUUAUGAACUAAAAGCUUUCCCUUUAAGAUGCAUACUUGUCUUACUGGAUGAAAGAAAAUUGAGGGUACAUGUACCUUACACUGUCAAGGUUGUUUAAACAUGAUAAGGUUAAUCGCCAUCUACUUCAAGUUUUAGAAAAAGAAACGAGGCUAAAAACAGAUGCUCUGACUUCAAUAUCUGACUGUAUCUUUGAUCUGUGUGCAGAUCAUCCAAGUGUUUUCUAGGAAUAUGUUUAUUUUAGGUUGUCUGAAACUAUGAUUUUUUAGACUCCUGAAAGUUGUUCACAUCAAUGUGAAGACAACUUUUAAAUGAAAAUGAGGAAUGAAAUUAUGUCUUGAAUCAUAUAUUAAGAAGUAAAAAUAAUAGUGAUCAGGCAGAAAAGAAAAAUGGAACAUCUAAAAAUGUAUGUGCUAACUAUAUCAUCCAGUGUUCAGUGUCGUGUAUUUUUCUAAGCAUGACAACAUUGAUGUGCCUUUUCAGUGUAACAGCAAAUACUGUUAGUGAACAUUGUCAAUUUAUGUCGUUUUGUUAAGAGAUACGACUGGAGUGUGCAGUGUGGAAUGUCUCUAAUAAUAGUUGUUAAUCCUGCAGUUCCAUAAUCAUAAACAAAAAUUACUUAGUUUUGUUAAGCUAAGAUUGUGUUUGUGUUAACUUGGACAUCAAGGAGCAAAGAACUUUAGAACAAAGACUCCUCAAUCUUGUGACUUUCUUAUUCUCUAGGAAAGUAACACUUCCUUUGUUUCAUGAAGCUUUUCUGUGGGGCUUCGAUUAUUUCAAGUCUGGUUUCCAACUGCAGUGCGUUUGAAGCAAACAAACUUCCAAGUCACUUAUUUGGCAUUGGUCAACUUGGCCAAGUCUGCUACUUUGGAAGAUGGCUCUGGAGGAAAUUCUCAUGUGGCUAAAAAGGCAGGCUAGUUUCUUACCUCUACAGGGGUAGAGCCUUAAAAAAGAACGUGUUACAAAUUGGUUCUCUUUGAGGGUUUCUGGUUCUCCCUGCCCCCAAUACCGUAUACUUUAUUGCAAUUUUAUUUUUGCCUUUAUGGCUCUGUGUCUUUCUGCAAGAAGGCCUGGCAAAGGUAUGCCUGCUGUUGGUCCCUCAAGAUAAGAUAAAAUAUAAAUAAAACCUUCAGAACUGCUUUGGGAGCAAAAGAUAGGUUGUACUUGGGGGAAAAAAUUAUAAGUCAUAGAAUAGAAUAUGACUAAUAUUCUUGGUUAGCAAGACUGAAAAUUUUUUUUUUUUUAAAUGUAUGUACCAGAACAAAUAACAUACAGUUCUCUGAACAUUUAUUUUUUGAACAGAGGUGGUUUUUAUGUUCGUACCCGGUAAUACAGAUACAAAAACCUGAAUGAGGUAGCAAUGAAUAUUCAGCUGUUUGACUGCUAAGUGCAUCUGUCCAUAUUUUAGCAAGUUUACUUAAUAAAUCUUCUGAAUCAUGUUUUGUGCCUGUUUGUAUUCCUUUAUAAACCAAAUGUUGUUGGAAUAAAAUACAUAAGGUA